AUGAGUAUGCAGAGCUUCUCAUUGGAUGUGGAUGGAGAGUAUGUGGCGGUGCAGGAUGGCACGGAUGCAGUGUCUGUGUUGAUCUCGAGAUUGACGAGCAUGAAUAUCACCCCGAGGGAGGAGCACAAGGUUGGCUCGGUCAGUGAAUCCACCUUUGUGGUGAAUGUGAAACCUGGUGAAGAACACAGUGAUGCUGAUUUUACUGACUACAUGUGUUGGUGGGUCCAUGAUGUUCCCUUGAAUGCCUCCUCAGCAGACCUGCAAGAGGCAUUUGUGCCCACUAGUGAUGUGAAGGGCAUUUGGGUCCCCUUCCAAGAGUUCCACAGCAUCAUUAUUUUUGCAAUACCCAGACUGGAGGACAUGCAUCUCACUGUGAAAUAUGUGAGCACUGAGCAAAUCGAGAGGGUCAUUGGGAAGUCAGUGUUUGUAGAUGAGAUGGACGGAACACUUUAUGUGUCUGUUGCAGACCACCACUUCCAGUCUGCUGUGCUGCAGAAUGUCUUGGCUUCCUUCAGCAAGCUGAUGUUGCACAAGGCUGUUGACUUGCAGGAACAAAAUUUCCAGAUUGAGUACUAUGAUGCGCGUGAUGCAGCCAAUGGGUACCACGCUCUUCACGAUCACACUUUCCUUGGUGUCCAUCUUCCGCUGUUGACAAAGAAGGAUGCAUAG